CCGCGUCCCAGAUUGCACGGUCUCCAUCACCACCCCAAGCAGCACAUUUUGUCCCUAGGCACAGGUGCUCGUCAAGAUGGCUGUUGGCAAGAACAAGAGAUUGUCCAAGGGCAAGAAGGGUCUUAAGAAGAAGACCCAGGACCCCUUCGCCCGCAAGGACUGGUACGGCAUCAAGGCCCCUGCGCCUUUCAACGUCAGAGAUGUCGGCAAGACCCUGGUCAACCGCACCACCGGUCUCAAGAACGCCAACGAUGCUCUGAAGGGCCGUAUCUUCGAGGUCUCUCUCGCCGACCUCCAGAAGGAUGAGGACCACUCCUUCCGCAAGGUCAAGCUCCGUGUCGAUGAGAUCCAGGGCAAGAACUGCCUGACCAACUUCCACGGUCUCGACUUCACCUCCGACAAGCUCCGCUCGCUUGUCCGCAAGUGGCAGACUCUCAUUGAGGCCAACAUCACCGUCAAGACCACCGACGACUACCUCCUCCGCCUCUUUGCCAUUGCCUUCACCAAGCGCCGCCCUAACCAGGUUAAGAAGACCACCUAUGCUGCCUCUUCUCAGAUCCGCGCCAUCCGCCGCAAGAUGACCGAGAUCAUCCAGCGCGAGGCUUCCAGCUGCACCCUCACCCAGCUCACCUCCAAGCUCAUCCCCGAGGUCAUUGGCCGCGAGAUUGAGAAGGCUACCCAGGGCAUCUACCCCCUCCAGAACGUCCACAUCCGCAAGGUCAAGUUGCUCAAGCAGCCCAAGUUCGACCUCGGUGCUCUCAUGUCUCUCCACGGCGAGUCUGGCUCCGACGAGGCUGGCCAGAAGGUCGAGCGUGAGUUCAAGGAGACCGUUCUCGAGUCCGUAUAAAGGGUUACCGGUACUGGGGAAUGAUCGCACUGGGCAUGGGUUUCACUCGGGCAAUACCUCUCUAGGGCUUUGGUCUUGCUUCUUCGUUGCAUUGGCAUGGUAUUAUGGUAUUAGUCAAGGUAACGAAUACCCUCCCGACAAUGAGAAAACGGGAAUCAAAAAACGAUCACAAAUGACCAAAAGUCGAGCGAUGGUUGAAAAUGUCGUUUUUAGAGAAGGGGUGACACUCAGCUCAGCGAAUUCUACGUGGUUUGGGAGACCUUGCCUGGAUACGAAAGCACUCUAAUCGUCGUUGACUUGGGCUUGUGGGGCGUUUUAGGGAUCUGAAUUUCAGCUACGAGGAAUCGUUAUGAGAAGCAGCCGGAGUCCCAUAUACCCCUGAUUUCCCUUGGUUGGCCAUAAGAGAGGGAUGCACAAGUCGUGGUUGACGGGUGUCCGAGCGAGUAGUCGAUCCAGCAGCAGCAUCAUGUAAGGCGGGUGGGCGGUUCAGGUCAGCCUCGCGCGUCCCUUGGUGCUUUGUAGUAUCAGUGCGUUCAAAGCCAAUCCCAGCAUGCUCAAUAUUCACGGUGCGACUUUUUGACUAUAUGUGAUCAUUGCCUCUUAUUUGAAUCGCACCACGGAUAACG